UUGGUUGUAACUGAGGGGAUGGAGGAUCGUUAGUACUAAAGAUUCUGCACUCCUCCUUAACUCUCACACACACAAAAAUAAUUCCUUACUCCCUCGCCCUGUAAGUGUAUACUCGUCAGACGUCAUGAUACGUCAUCAGAAGUGUCCACUUCAUUUGAGGGCUGAGGGGUAGCGUGUGUCUUUUAAGUGUUUUGACUGCAACAACACAGAACUCCCCGAUCGUUUUUUCCAUCAUGGCUCCAUCCGCAGACAGGCUGGGAUACUGGGGGCGGCCAACCUCAACGCUAGAUUGGUGUGAGGAUAAUUAUGUCGUCUCUUUCUACAUCGCAGAAUUCUGGAACACUGUCAGCAACCUGAUUAUGAUCCUGCCUCCCAUCUACGGUGCCAUCCAGACGUAUAAAGAUGGCCUAGAGUUCCGCUACGUCUACUCUUUUCUGGGACUGGCAGCUGUUGGCAUUGGUUCCUGGUGCUUCCAUAUGACGCUGCAAUAUGAGAUGCAGCUGCUGGAUGAGCUGCCAAUGAUCUACAGCACCUGUGUCUUUGUCUACUGUCUAUAUGAAUGCUUCAAGCAAGAAAACACUCUGAGUUUAUUUCCUAUCACAUUGUUAUUGUUCUUCAGUGUCUCAGUCAGUGUGGUGUAUUUACAAUGGAAAGAGCCAGUAUUUCACCAGGUCAUGUAUGGUGCGCUUGUAGCCUGCUUGGUGAUGCGUUCUAUCUUCAUAGUUACAUGGGUGUACCCCUGGCUCAAACCUAUGUGUUACAUCUCCCUGAGUGUCUUCCUGCUGGGGUUCCUGUUGUGGAACAUUGAUAAUCUGGCAUGUGACUCACUCAGAUCCACCAGACAGAGAUUUCCCCCUGUUGUUGGGGCGGUGACACAGUUCCAUGCCUGGUGGCACAUCCUCACAGGCCUGGGCUCCUACCUACACAUACUCUUCAGCCUCCAGAUACGGUCAAUCUACCUCAAACACAGACCAAAAGUAAAGUUUAUAUGUGGAGUGUGGCCCAUGUUGCACAUGGAGGCUCAGAAGAGUAGCUGAGUGGCUGGGGACCAUGAAGGAGGGUGACUACCAUACAACAGGCAUCAGCAAAGGGACCUGACCCGCCAGUCUGCCAACUCCCCCUCUGCUGUCUCUGGGACACAUACUGUACACCCCACUACCAGAGGUCUGGCAACCUACCACUCCAGGGACCCUUUUGUUUAGCACUGUGUGGAUUUGCCAAGUACAGCAUAGCGUUGAGUGUUGAUAUGGAAUGAUUUUUCUCUUUCAUCGAUCACAAUCGGAUUUUCAUGGUGAUGUUGUAGUGUUUUUGUUUUUAAGUUCUCAAACAUUUUGAAUGCAUUAAUGUACAUACAGUAUAGUAUGUCGAUGCAGAUAUGAUAUGUAGCUGCCCUGCCCGAACAUGGAUAUUUUCUGGAAUAUGAUUAAGAAAAAAGGCAGUAGUCAUAAAAACACAUGUAAAUUAUGUUAGUGUAUGUAUUAUAACAUUCAAUAUAAUACUUUAGCAUAUUCACAAGCCAUAAUAACGUCAGAUGGUCAGCUUGAGCUGGCUGUGUUUUUCAUUGGUUAUGUUUAGACACGGGAACUGUUUAUACUACCCUAUUCUUUUCAAUAUAAAUUAGCAGACACUCUUAUCCAAAGAGACUUAAGCCUUCCGCAUGCUUUGGUUCGGGCUGAUACUUAGCCGAAUAAGUGUUCAUAUACUCCCUUAAAAGACCUUCGCUUGGGCCUCCCGAGUGGCACAGAGGUCUAAGGCACUGCAUCGCAGUGCUAGCUGUGACUAUAGAUCCUGUUUCGAGUACAGGCUCUGUCGCUGCUUGCCUCGACCUGGAGACCCAUGGGGCGGCGUACAAUUGGCCCAGCGUUGUCCGGGUUAGGGGAGGGUUUGGCCGGCCGGGAUGUCCUUGUCCCAUAACGCUCUAGCGACUCCUGUGGUGAGCCGGACACAUGCACGAUGACACGGUUGCCAAGUGUACAGUGUUUCCUCCGACACACUGGUGCGGCUGGCUUCCGGGUUAAGCAGGCAUUGUGUCAAGAAACAGAGCGGCUUGGCUGGGUCGUGUUUUCGGAGGACUCACGGCUCUCGACCUUCGCCUCUCCCGAGCCUGUACGUGAGUUGCAGCGAUGGGACAAGACUGUAACUAUCAAUUGGGGAGAAAAUGGGCAAAAAAAAUUCAGAUCUUUAAAAAAAAUACAUGCCCUUCGCUUGAAAAGCUUGAAAAAAGCAGCAAUACUACUGUUUGUCCAUAUUGAAACGCCGUAGCCAGUAUACACUUUAUCAAAAUAGUCCAAAAUUAAUGAUAACUCAAUAAAUGUUUCAUUCAUUUUGACUUUUUUUCCGAGGAGAUCUUAGUUGCUCAACUUUACAUCUAAGUGGUGCAGUUUGGUGCAGUAUUUCUCAAGUGAAAUAAUUAGCAUGAAAACGAUUAAUCUCUAGUUGAAUGACAGCAAACAUGAAGCAUUAACAAUGACAGCAUUGAAGAAUCCCUACUGUUGACCAAUCACCGACGAAGGAGCGUAAAGUUUGGUUACCGACUUUGGCUACUGACUUUGGCUUCCAUCUAAAAAUGUUUGUGUGCACUAACAGCCCCAAAAAACCUUGCUAAAGACUAAAACAAAGAAAAAAGUCAUAAAACUGUUUUGGAUGGGAAGCCUGCAGACACCUUUACAGUUAGUGCAUUCAUCUUGAGAUACCUAGGUCAGACAACCACAUAUCACAGUCAUAGUAAGUACAUUUUUCCUCAAAGAAGUUAUCAGCAAAUGUCAGUGCUAGUAGGAAAACACAAGUGCAUAGCAUGAAUUAAAUGUCUUAUUUAAGAUACUUUUUGAAGAGGUAGUGUUUCAGACAUUUUUGGAAAAUUGGCAGGGACUCUGCUGUCCUGACGUUAGGGGGAAGCUUGUUCCACCAUUGGGGUGCCAGAACAGAGAAGAGUUUUGACUGGGCUGAGUGGGAGCUGACGCCCCAUAGGGGUUGGAGGCCCAAGACACCUGAGGUGGCAGAGGUUCCCUUCUCUAAGGGAAUCUGGUCUAGAUGAUACAGUGUGCUGGUUACAGACAGGACUGAAACAGACAGCAGGGAAAGGUAUAAUAUAUAAAUUAUAUUGACUACAGUAUAUAUAUGUCCUCUGCAACGUCUUGGUAACACAGGAACACUCUUUGACUUCAAUUACAUUUAUUUUAUGUAUGCCAAGACUGCAACUGCAUUAUACUUGCAAAAUGUGAAGUUGUUUUGAUAUUUUUACAUUUACAUGUCCAUGUGUUUUUUUAUGAUUUACUUGAUUAAUAUUAACAAAUCGAAGGGAGAUUAUACAAUUUAUCUAAGGAUUGUUCCAUUUAAAAAAAUACUGUCACGUUAUAGUGGGAAUUUCAAGGAUACAGGGUAAUUAUUUUCAUGUGUAUGUCUUUUUAUUUGCCAACGCGAAAGAUCAUGAAGAAAGUUUACCUGAAAUAAAGAUAUCUGCACAAGCUUUGGUGUUGCUGCCAAAAGGAGGAAUGAGAAAAUAGGGUUUUGACUGACCACUGAACAUUUCUGACCACUGUUCUACAGACUGGAUCAUCUGGACAUGUAUGUUUUCAGAUGGAUUCGCCAAUUAAUAUCCAUUAUUUAACUCUAUCUAGCAAUAAAUACAGGUAUCUGCAUGUCUGCAAUUAAAUUAUCAUUGUCCUGUAUUACCACACACACAUAUUUGCUUCAAGGAUGAGACCUCUGAGCCUGUCUGUAUGUACUGUACCAGUCUGUUCAUGCACUGCAGUCUAGUGAUGGAUUCCAACACGCUCUCAUUCCUUAUGGCCACUAGAUGGCAUGGAUUGCCAUAUUUCAGUUUUAGGUUAUAUGUACAUUUACCAAAGGAUCCUGUUCUGUGAAACCCUGGAUAAAUGCUGUAAUUUACAAUGCAGUAUUCUGGGGAUUUAUCUAUGUGAAACUUCAUGUGAAUUUGAUCUUAAGUGUAAUGUACUUACAGUGCCAGUCAAACGUUUGGACACCUACUCAUUCAAGGGUUUUUUCUUUAUUUUUACUAUAUUCUACAUUGUACAAUCAUAGUGAAGACAUCAAAACUAUGAAAUAACACAGAAUCAUGUACUGUAGUAAACAAAAAAGUGUUAAACAAAAAUGUAUGAGGUUCUUCAAAGUAGCCACCCAUGCCUUAAUGACAGCUUUGCACAUUCUCCAGCUUCAUGAGGAAUGCUUUUCCAACAGUCUUGAAGGAGUUCCCACACACGCCGAACACUUGUUGACUGCUUUUCCUUCACUCAGCGGUCCAACUCAUCCCAAACUAUCUCAAUUAGGAUGAGGUCGGAUGAUUGUAGAGGCCAGGUCAUCUAGGUCCUCCAUCCAUCCAGGUCAUCCAUCACUCUCCUUUGUCAAAUAUCCCUUACAUAGCCUGGAGGUGUGUUUUGGGUCAUUGUCCUGUUGAAAAACAAAUGAUAGUCCCUCUAAGCGCAAACCAGUUGGAAUGGUAUACAGUAUUGCUGAAAAUGCUGUGGUAGCCAUGCUGGUUAAGUGUGCCUUGAAUUCUAAAUAAAUCCCUGACAGUGUCAUCAGCUAAGCAACCCCA